GCAGCGGCGACAGAAGCGGCGGGACGCGCGUGGCUCGAGACGACGGGCAGAAAGUUUCCGAGGAGAUCAAAGUCCGACCGGUUCCGCCCCGGUCCACCGCGCGUUCCGACGCGGACACCGGGAGAACGGACGACGCGUUCGGAUGUUUUGGCGACCCGUUAUUCGUCGGGGGAAUCGAACUCGCAUUCUUUCCUGCCGCAUCGGUGGAGAGGACCGCCCCGCCGGGGAGAGAUGCCGUCCCUCGGGCGAGAGCGAGACACACGGAGCCGUAAUCAGGUUUAAGGAGUGACUCGGAGUGGCCCUGCAGCGGUUGGAACGCGGCCCAGAUGUGCGGAUCACCGCUGUGACGGAGCGCCGCGACCCCUCGGAAUAAUUACCCAAUCUGGAUGUUGUUCAACUCUGACCCCUCCCUGAAGAGCCCCUCGCCCUGAGCAGCCACAGCCGCCGCCGCCAUGUCUGCCUCCCCCAGCUCCUCCACCCCCCUGCUCCCCAGGCCGCCCCCCCCCACCCCGACCAGCGCCUGCCCCCCCUCGCCCUCCCCCAGCCCGCCGGCCCCCCCCCUGAGCCGCCUGUCCAACGGCACCCCCCGGGCCGCCAGCCCCCGGGCCGCCAGCCCCAGCCCCUCUCGGGGCUCCGCCCACGGCCUGUCCUUCCUGCUCCAGAUCGGGCUGACCAGGGAGACGGUGAGCCUGGAGCCGGGGGAGCUCUCCCUGGGCGCCGUCAUGGAGCUGGUGUGCUCCGUCGUGGACCAGAAGUUCCCCGAGUGCGGCUUCUUCGGGAUGUUCAACAAGAUCCUCCUCUUCCGCCACGACCUGAGCUCUGACAACAUCCUGCAGCGCGUGGGCGCCGCCCAGGACAUCCAGGAGGGCGACCUGGUGGAGGUGGUGCUCUCCGCGCUGGCCACGGUGGAGGACUUCCAGAUCCGCCCCCACGCCCUCUACGUGCACUCCUACAAGGCCCCCGCCUUCUGCGACCACUGUGGGGAGAUGCUCUGGGGCCUGGUCCGGCAGGGCCUCAAGUGUGAAGGCUGCGGGCUGAACUUCCACAAGCGCUGCGCCUUCAAGAUCCCCAACAACUGCAGCGGCGUCCGCAAGCGGCGUCUGUCCAGCGCCUCGCUGACCGCCGGCGUGCUCAGCCUCCCCCGGGCCUCCCUCAGCGCCGAGUUCACCCCCCCGGCCCCGGAAGAGCGCCCCCUGCUGGCGGCGGGGAAGAGGAACUCCCUGCUGAGUGGCCGGCCCAUCUGGAUGGAGAAGAUGGUUCUGGGCCGCGUCAAGGUGCCGCACACCUUCUCCGUGCACUCCUACACCCGGCCCACCGUCUGCCAGUACUGCAAGAGGCUGCUGAAGGGCCUGUUCAGACAGGGCCUGCAGUGCCGAGACUGUAAGUUCAACUGCCACAAGAGAUGUGCGGCCAAGACCCCGCGGGACUGCCUGGGCGAGGUGGACUUCAACGGAGAGCCCACCAGCCCCAGCGCCGACCCCCUGGAGCGGGGGUCCCUCGACCGGGGGUCCCUGGACCCCGGCAUGGAGGUGGACUCGGGGGACGCGGGCAGCGAGGGGGGCCGCAGCGCCGAGGACCAGGACGAGGUCGGGGGUCUGGAGGACAAGAUGGACGACAUGGAGGGGCCGAGCGCUGAGGGGGACCGGGACGACGACACACUGAGGGCCAUCAGCCCCUCCACCAACACCAACAUCCCCCUGAUGCGGGUGGUCCAGUCCAUCAAGCACACCAAGAGGAGGAGCUCCACCGUGGUGAAGGAGGGCUGGAUGGUGCACUACAGCAGCCGAGACCCGCUGAGGAAGAGGCACUACUGGCGUCUGGACAGCAAGUGUCUGACGCUCUUCCAGAACGAGAACGCAGCCAAGUACUACAAGGAGAUCCCGCUGUCGGAGAUCCUGCAGGUGGAGCGGGUCCAGGAGGGGGCCUGUCUCCCCCAGAGCCCCACCGGGGGGCCCCCGGGGGCUAGCCUCACCCGGAGCCCCUCUGGGCCCCUGGGGGGCGGCCUCCAGCAGAGCCUCACCGUUCCCCAGGGAGCCAACCUCGUCCAGGGCCCCGCCGGGCCCCCGGGGGCCAGCCUCACCCGGAGCCCCAGCCUCACACUGCCCCCGGGGGCCAGCCUCAGCCGGAGCCCCUCCGGGCCCCCCCAGGGCCUCACUCUCCCGCAUGGAGCCGGCCCCCCCCAGGGCCCGACCAAUCCCCACUGUUUCCUGAUCGUGACCUCCAGCGUGGUGUACUACGUGGGGGAGAACCCGGGCCGCCUCCCCCCGGGGCUGGCGGCGGCGGGGGUGGGCCUGGAGGCCGCCCAGGGCUGGGAGAAGGCCAUCCGCCAGGCCCUGAUGCCCGUCACCCCCCAGCCCAGCCUGGGGGGGGCCCCAGGCCAGAGCCGGGACCACAAGGACCUGUCCAUGAGCAUCUCCGUGUCCAACUCCCAGAUCCAGGAGAAUGUGGACAUCAGCUCGGUGUACCAGAUCUUUGCAGACGAGGUCUUGGGUUCCGGACAGUUUGGGAUCGUCUACGGAGGCAAGCACAGGAAGACGGGCCGGGACGUGGCCAUCAAGAUCAUCGAUAAGAUGAGGUUCCCCACCAAGCAGGAGAGCCAACUGAGGAACGAGGUGGCCAUCCUGCAGAACCUGCACCACCCGGGCGUGGUGAACCUGGAGAGCAUGUUUGAGACCGUGGAGCGGGUGUUUGUGGUGAUGGAGAAGCUCCACGGAGACAUGCUGGAGAUGAUCCUGUCCAGCGAGAGGAGCCGGCUGCCAGAACGCCUCACCAAGUUCCUCGUGACGCAGAUCCUGGUGGCCCUGCGACACCUGCACCUCAAGAACGUGGUCCACUGUGACCUGAAGCCGGAGAACGUUCUGCUGGCCUCCGCAGAGCCCUUCCCCCAGGUGAAGCUUUGCGACUUCGGCUUCGCCCGCAUCAUCGGGGAGAAGUCGUUCCGGCGCUCGGUGGUGGGGACCCCCGCCUACCUGGCGCCGGAGGUGCUGCGCUCCAAGGGGUACAACCGCUCGCUGGACAUGUGGUCCGUGGGCGUCAUCGUGUACGUCAGCCUCAGCGGGACCUUCCCCUUCAACGAGGAGGAGGACAUCAACGACCAGAUCCACAACGCCGCCUUCAUGUACCCGCCCAACCCCUGGAAGGACAUCUCCGGGGACGCUACCGACCUCAUCACCAACCUGCUGCAGGUGAAGAUGAGGAAGCGCUACAGCGUGGAGAAGGCCCUCAGCCACCCCUGGCUCCAGGACUACCAGACGUGGCUGGACCUGCGCGGGUUCGAGACGCGGCGCGGCGAGCGCUACAUCACCCACGAGAGCGACGACGCCCGGUGGGAGGAGCACGCAGACGCCCGCGGCCUGCCCGCCCCCAAGCACUUCAUCAUGGCGCCCAACCACGACCGCAUGCUGGAGGGCCACUCCGACUAGUGGGGGGGGGGGGGACCCCCCGUCGCGCCGACUCAAGAGGAGGGCCUUGGGGGGGGGGGGGGGGGGUCGCUGGUCUGUUGCUAUGGAGACGGCGCGCCACUGUUACCCAGAGGCGGGUCGAACUGCGGAGUGGUUAGAGCGGGACUCUGACGAUGUGGGCGGGGCUUGGGUCACGACUGACCGGUCAGCAGCGACCAGGCAGUCCUGACUGCCUGGUCGCUGCUGACUGCCUGGUUGUCCUGACUGCCUGGUCGGUCCUGACUACCUGGUUGUCCUGACUGCCUGGUCGCUGCUGACUGCCUGGUGACUGCCUGGUCGGUCCUGACUGCCUGGUUGUCCUGACUGCCUGGUUGUCCUGACUGCCUGCUGACUGCCUGGUUGUCCUGACUGCCUGGUCGCUGCUGACUGCCUGGUCGGUCCUGACUGCCUGGUUGUCCUGACUGCCUGGUCGUCCUGACUGCCUGGUCGUCCUGACUGCCUGGUUGUCCUGACUGCCUUGUUGUCCUGACUGCCUGGUCGCGACCCCAACCCUUCGGUCCAGGAGCUCAAGGGUACUCCAGAACAUUCCAGGAACCUUAAGGAUUGCCUUCUUGAACCUCACUGGGAGCACUGGGAGCACUGGGAGCAUUGGGAGCACGCUCCACAACGUCUGCUCUGCAGGGAGCAGGAGGAGCAGGGAGACGACGGGGCCAAAGUACUUUACAGAGUUUAUCUUCUGGGAGGAAAAUUUUUCUGCUGUAUUUGUUAAUGUACACUAAUAAAACAAGUCCAACCUA